AUGAAGGUUAGACAAAUACGAGCCUUUUUGCUUCUCGCGUUGGUCAUCUUGGCAAUUGCAUCUGCCGAGUCCGCCGCGCAAACCUCUUGGAGCAAAGUCACCGUCGCCUACAAUCAACUCUACAAUGAUGUCUUGUCCGCCUAUGCUGACACCAACAUCCCCCCACAAAAGAAGGCUAACCGACUGCGCGACUUCUACAACAAAGUCAAUGAUUUAGUCGGACUUGUUGACGAGUCAUGCACCGAUUUUGCUGUUGUUUGUGGUGGUAAAGAAGUCUAUUACCUGGACAAUCGUGAGAGAGGAUGCCCUCCUAAUUAUGACCCAACAAUCGGAGGACAUCUUCCUUGCAACCUUGGAAAAGCAAGCGGGCAUCUUCGAAGAUUCGAAAAUUUCAUAAAUCUACCUGCUAAUGAGUGUGAAAAAUAUGCAUUUUCUUGCAUCAAGAGAGAAUAUGAAGGCCCUAUUUUGAGACCGCCUGUCUCAGAAUACACUGAAAACGAUCCUGAACUUGACGAAGAACCUAAGAGCGAUGGAGAAGCUGAAAAGACUAAUGAUGAUGAUAAAAGAAUGGAUGAUGACCCGGAAAAAGUGCAUGAAACGGAACCUUUCGAAAAUACUGACAAUGAUUAUUUUUCUGAGGGAGGUGAUGUUUAUGAUGAUCCCGAUUUUAUAUCAGAUGAUGAAAGUGAAAAUGAAGAAGAUACAGAAGAUACAGAGGUUUCUGAUCCUGAAAAUGCUCAACCAACGACUUGCUGCUCAUUAUUCAAGAUGAUUCGACCACCAAAGGAUACAUACUCACCGUUACUUGACAUCCCCUUUUAUAUCAAAUGCGCUGUUUAA